CCGCGAUCGUGUAUAUAACUCUAUUACCGUGUACUUGUGCCACUAUAACCGUGUACUAACUGUGAAACUGUGUUUGAAAUUCAGUGAAGUGACUUUGUGAGGCUUCCGCGAGGUUGAGAACGAAGACUUAGAAGAACUAUGACGUGAAAGUACUAAGAAAUCAAAAUGGCGUGCUCGUUUCGGCGAGCGUCCUCGCAGCACCAGUUCGCCAACGGCGGCUCCGGAGGCAAGAAACCGGAGUUUAGGUCCAGGCAGUCCUCGAUACACCAUCCUGGGAACGAUGAGGAGGAGGAGAGGAACACGCUGACGCUAAAGCAUCUCAGUGAGGCGUUGCAACUGCUCACUGCGCCUUCGAACGAGUCCCUCCACGCAGCUGUGACGUCAUUAACGAAGAAUCAAGCGGAGCACUAUGACAGAUACAACUGCCUAAGAAGAUUACCAGACGACGUCAGAACAUGCAGGAAUUAUGCGUAUUUACAAGAAAUAUAUGAUGCGGUACGAGCGACUGAUAGUGUAAGCACGGAAGAGUUCAUGGCGAAAUUAGGGGAAUAUCUAAUACUAACAGCGUUCUCCCAUAAUUGUCGAAUAGAGCGAGCGUAUAAAUGUCUAGGCACCAACCUCAUCGAAUUUCUGCACACGCUCGACAGUGUACACGACGUUCUACAUGACCAGGACGACGCGCAAAAAGAUGAGUCUCAAGACUACGAGGCCGCCUUCGUCUGCACGACAUCGAAAGAGGACAAGAUCGAGCUACACCUGACGACGGAAAGCGAACCGGUGGCGUACCUCCUCGUGGGAAGUCUAAGGACAAUUGCCAGGAGGCUAUAUGAUACUCAGACCGACAUAAGACUGACCAGUUAUACUAAUGAUCCUAGAAGAUUUAGAUAUGAAAUUAAUGCGGUACCCGUGCGUCAGAAGUCAAAAGAGGACAGCUGUGAAGCGUUGAACGAGGCUGGAGCUGUGGCUAAUUCAAGCAAAGUGACAGAUCUAAGAAUCGGCGUGGCAAGUUUCUGCAAAGCGUUUCCAUGGCAUUUCGUGACUGACAGACGUCUGGAGCUUGUGCAGCUUGGUUCAGGAUUCAUGCGACUAUUCGGCACGGAGCUCGCGUCGCGCGGGUCCAGUCUAAACACAUACUUCAGGCUGUUGCGGCCCCGUGGGGUUCCUCUAGACUUCCGCGAGAUUCUGAAGCGUGUCAAUACUCCUUUCAUGUUCGCGAUCAACAUUCCUGGUGCAGUGACUGCUGCUGAGGGCUUGGAAAUAAAGGGUCAAAUGGUGUUCUGCCCGGAAUCCGACUCGCUUCUGUUCGUGGGCUCCCCCUUCCUAGAUGGUCUGGAAGGCCUCACUGGACGCGGUCUCUUCAUCUCUGACAUUCCACUGCAUGAUGCCACGAGAGACGUGAUCCUGGUUGGAGAACAGGCUAGAGCUCAGGAUGGUCUUCGAAGAAGAAUGGACAAGUUAAAGAACAGAAUAGAAGAAGCAAGUAAAGCUGUGGACAAGGAGAGAGAAAAGAACGUCAGUUUGCUGCAUUUGAUAUUUCCACCUCACAUUGCAAAGAGACUGUGGUUAGGUGAAAAGAUCGAAGCCAAAAGCCACGAUGACGUAACAAUGCUGUUCAGCGACAUCGUCGGCUUCACCUCAAUCUGCGCCACAGCCACGCCGAUGAUGGUGAUCGACAUGCUGGAAGACCUGUAUACCGUGUUCGACGUCUUCUGUGAGGAGCUGGACGUUUACAAAGUGGAGACGAUAGGCGACGCGUACUGCGUGGCGAGCGGACUGCACAAGAAGAUCGACACGCAUGCGCCGCAAAUCGCGUGGAUGGCCAUGCGCAUGGUCGAGACGUGCGCGCAGCACUUCACUCACGAAGGGCAUCCUAUUAAGAUGCGCAUAGGCCUCCACACCGGGACUGUAUUAGCCGGAGUGGUGGGACGCACUAUGCUCAAAUACUGCCUCUUCGGACACAACGUCACUCUGGCCAACAAGUUCGAAUCCGGCUCUGAACCUUUGAAGAUUAACGUUAGUCCAACCACAUACGAGUGGCUGAUAAAAUUUCCGGGCUUCGAGAUGGAGCCUCGGGAGCGCUCGUGUCUCCCCAAUUCUUUCCCCAAGGACAUACCGGGAACGUGUUAUUUUCUACAUAAGUACAACCAUCCUGGAACAGACCCGUCCGCGCCGCAGGUCAAACAUAUAGAAGAUGCAUUGAGAGAUUUCGGGAUUGGGCCAGCGAAAGCAGACGUCACUGAAGAGCCUACUUAGUGCCGGUAAAGUGAAACACAAGUAUAGAAUUUAGGAGUCAAUGUCUUUUGCCGUAGCUUCACGUUAAUUCUUAUGAAAAAACACGUGGAUUUGGUAUAUAUUAAUAGCCAGAUAAAUAAGUAUUCAAAGUCAAAAAAUCGAGGGUUAAAAUCCAUCGCAAAAAACGUCGCAAAUAGGUAUCGAGAUAAAAAAAAGUAGGUUAUUUAUUUAGUAUAAUAUUUCGAGUUUCGGUACCUGUAAAAAAUUAAAUAACUUAAAAUUGUUUAAUAAAGAGGAACAAGCCCGAAAUUGCUACUGACAUUGGCUAAAUGUUUUCAAGCUAAAUUUAUGCAAUAAGUAUCUAAAGAAUAUUUAAUUUCAGUAUUCAGGGAAUCUACAUCAAAAGAAAUUUGCAUGAAAAGGCGCGUUAUAUCACAGAUUAAAUAAUAUUGUAGCUUAUUCGCGACGCUUAGCCAGAAAGAAACCAGUUUUUUAAGUUGACUAGUCGAUUUCAUGCGAGAAAAAUAUUUUGUAAAAAAACCCUUGGGAAAACCAAGUCCGCCGCGAUGGCAGCUGUGCUUAUUAAGUAUGAGCCAUACUCCUUUUGGUCUUAAGAAUCUACAGCAAGCUCGGUUUCCCAUACAAACUUAUUUACGCUCUCAUUUUAAAAUAACUAGCUAGAUUGCUCUGAAACUUUGCACUUACAAUAGGAUAAGAUAUAUCUAUGCCUGUAAUUAGUUCAUAUAGCUUCAGAUACUAUAGUUAAAGAAAUACAGCAAGUUUUUCAUACAAAACUUGUUUUUUUUUGCUCUAUUUAGCUGGUUUUGUAAACUGGAGCUAUACAUAUAAACUAAUUACAGGCAUAGAUAUAUCUCAUGUUAUUGUAUGUGCAAAGGUUCAUUACAAUCGUUGGUACCUUUAAAAUGAGAAUAGAAACUCCGUUUGUAUGGUAACGUGAAAUUCGGCCAAGCUUGCCGCGAACUCUUAAAAGCGUAUCUUCUGCAGAAUUAUAUAAUCUGUAGUAAAGCACCUUCUGUACUAAGUAGGCAAGAUUUCUCGAAUAUUCUCUACAGUGUAAAUAUCUACAUUAACUGUAAAUGUUUAAAUUUGUGGAUCAAACGUUUCAUGGUGCGAUUACCCGAAGUUUGAUAUUAGUAAGUACUUUCCUUUGGUCCGUUUGUCGAAGUUUCUGCUUGUUACAUUUCCAUUCGGUAUUUUCGGUCUAGCCUUGGCAAGUCUGUGUAUUAGAUAUUAUAAUAAAGUUAAGUAGACUGGAAAUAUAAUUACGAUUGUAGGUCAACAAACAUAGAAACUAAAACUACUGUAGUAUUUAGGUACGGUUUAUACAAGAUCUGAAGAUUUUGCUUAGUAUGUAGCAAGAUUUUUUUAUUAAAUCUUUGGUAUAGUUCUGACUAACCUAAAAAACGGUUACUACAGCGUGCAGCGCAGGAAAGGUUUUAAUCUGAUUCUCGAAUGUCCAAUUGAAGAGUACCUAACAGGUUUUAAAGGAAAUUACAUUCGUAGUCUAGGAUACGAAUCUAUAAAUUAUAUUUUACAGGACGAAGAAGAGGCGCAAACUUAAUUUUGUAUUUUGAGCUGAUUUUACAGUUAAACUAUUCAAAAUUUAAUCAUAUUUCACUAAUGAAGUCGCAAAAGAAUAACUGACUAUUCUUUGAAUGAACAAAAAAUGUAAACAUAUUCGCUAAGUUGUACCUGUUAUAUAAAUAAAUGAUGUUUUACGAUGCCGUAAAAUUUAUUUAGUAUAAAAGAUAAAUGUAAUUUUGAAAACUAAACAACAGCAUGAAGCUUUUCACAAGACUUCUAGCUAAUUUAAUAAAAUACUCUUUUAGACACUCUUUUUAUAAUUAAUAGCUAUUAAAGCCUGUAACCGAGAAAAAAACUGUACAUGUAAAUGUUUAUAAAAGUACCAAAAUGUAAAAACAUAAUUGUAUUUCAAUAUAUAGUGAUCUAUGUGAAGCUUUACAAUCUCGUAUAUUUAUAAUUGUACAUAAAAUUGAACCUGGGAUAAUACGACUUACAUAGUUUUAAUGCAAUUCAUCGUAGGCAUAAUUAUUGCAUAGGAUUAGAAUAAUUUUGAAAUUCACCUUGUGAAGUAAAGUCGGUUUUGUAACACAUUUUAAACUCAGGGUAAACUUGGGCCUUGGGGGUUCAAAUUAAAAUUAAU